CCCAACUCAAACAGGCAGAUAAAGAGAGAUCAAAGGGAUGAGGGUGAGAUACAGUCCCCUCGUACCCAAGGAGACGGGGAGGUUACAGACUGGAAAAAUUGAGAAUAAUCACCUCUGAUAAAGACCACAGAAGUUGCCUGGGAGGUGUUUGGUACGCUUGGAGUUAGUUACAUUUGUCGGGUGGAUGGGCAGAAGUCAGAUUUCAUAGCACUGAGGACGCAGCACAAGGAGAAGUUCAAGAUCAAUUCCUAAGGCAACUUGGCACUAAAAAACAUGAAGUAUGUUCUGAAGGCUUUACCCUGGGGAUAAGGGAACGGAGGCGAUAACAGCAGAAGUGGCAGCCACUGGCAAUCCUUUCUUUCCAUGGUUUGGCUUAUACUCCAAAACCACUUAUUAGUGCAUUCUGCAAAAAGUUUCUUAUCCUUUUGGAAUAAAGCUUGGAUCCUAAGCUCCAUUCACACCUGCGUGAUAAUGAACCAGCUAGCACUGUACUCAGGAAGCAUGCAAAGUUCUGAAUCUUAUAACAGAAAGCGAAAGCAAAAAUAAAUUCCCCUUCAGUCAAAUCUGCAGCAGCAUGACUUAAGAUUAAAUUCAUAUAUUGAAAAUAUUGUCCAGACCCCGUGUGACAGAACAGGAGCCAGUGCAGUGCUAUGAAGAACUACGAGAUUAGCCUGGAUAUUAACUUGUCUUCUAGGGAAUAGAUAUCAUGUUCCAUUCUUCUGCAAUGGUUAAUUCACACAGAAAACCAAUGUUUAAUAUUCACACAGGAUUUUACUGCUUAGCAGCCAUCUUGCUCCAAAUACGCGUUUGUUCUCAAUUCUCAGUGCCAUCUAGUCAUCACUUCACUGAGGAUCCUGGGGCUUUCCCAGUAGCCUCCAAUGGGGAACCAUUUCCUUGGCAGGAGCUAAGACUCCCCAACGUGGUCAUUCCCCUCCAUUAUGACCUCUUUGUGCACCCCAAUCUCACCUCUCUGGACUUUGUUGCAUCUGAGAAGAUCGAGGUCUUGGUCAGCAAUGCUACCCAGUUUAUCAUCUUGCACAGCAAAGAUCUUGAAAUCACAAAUGCCACUCUUCAGUCAGAGGAAGAUUCAAGAUACAUGAAAUCAGGAAAAGAGCUGAAAGUUUUGAGUUAUCCUGCUCAUCAACAAAUUGCACUGCUGGUUCCAGAGAAACUUACGCCUCACCUGAAAUACUAUGUGGCUAUUGACUUCCAAGCCAAGUUAGCUGAUGGCUUUGAAGGGUUUUAUAAAAGCACAUACAGAACUCUUGGUGGUGAAACAAGAAUACUUGCAGUAACACAUUUUGAGCCAACCCAGGCACGCAUGGCUUUCCCUUGCUUUGAUGAACCGUUGUUCAAAGCCAACUUUUCAAUCAAGAUACGAAGAGAGAGCGGGCAUACUGCACUAUCCAACAUGCCAAAGGUUAAGACAAUUGAACUUGAAGGAGGUCUUCUGGAAGAUCACUUUGAAACUACUGUAAAAAUGAGUACGUACCUUGUAGCCUACAUUGUUUGUGAUUUCCACUCUGUGAGUGGCAUCACCUCAUCAGGAGUCAAGGUGUCCAUCUAUGCAUCCCCAGACAAACGGAAUCAAACACAUUAUGCUUUGCAGGUGUCACUGAAGCUACUUGAUUUUUAUGAAAAGUACUUUGAUAUCAACUAUCCACUCCCCAAACUGGAUUUGAUUGCUAUUCCUGACUUUGCAUCUGGAGCCAUGGAAAAUUGGGGCCUCAUUACAUAUAGGGAGACGUCACUGCUUUUUGACCCCAAGACCUCUUCUGCUUCUGAUAAACUGUGGGUCACCAAAGUCAUAGCCCAUGAACUGGCACACCAGUGGUUUGGCAACCUGGUCACCAUGGAAUGGUGGAAUGAUAUUUGGCUUAAUGAAGGUUUUGCAAAUUACAUGGAACUUAUUGCUGUUAAUGCUACAUAUCCAGAGCUGCAAUUUGAUGACCAUUUUUUGAAUGUGUGUUUUGAAGUAAUUACAAAAGAUUCAUUGAAUUCAUCCCACCCUAUCUCCAAACCAGCAGAAACUCCGACUCAAAUACAGGAAAUGUUUGAUGAAGUUUCCUAUAACAAGGGAGCUUGUAUUUUGAAUAUGCUCAAGGAUUUUCUGGGUGAGGAGAAAUUCCAGAAAGGAAUAAUUCAGUACUUAAAGAAGUUCAGCUAUAGAAAUGCUAAGAAUGAUGAUUUGUGGAGCAGUCUGUCAAAUAGUUGUUUAGAAAGUGAUUUUACAUCUGGUGGAGUUUGUCAUUCGGAUCCCAAGAUGACAAGUAACAUGCUCACCUUUCUGGGGGAAAAUGCAGAGGUCAAAGAGAUGAUGACUACGUGGACUCUCCAGAAAGGAAUCCCCCUGCUGGUGGUUAAACAAGACGGACAUUCACUCCAACUACAACAGGAGCGCUUCCUCCAGGGGGUUUUCCAGGAGGACCCUGAAUGGAGGGCCCUGCAGGAGAGGUACCUGUGGCAUAUCCCGUUGACCUACUCCACGAGUUCCUCUAAUGUGAUCCACAGACACAUUCUAAAAUCAAAGACAGAUACUCUGGAUUUACCUGAAAAGACCAGUUGGGUGAAAUUUAAUGUGGACUCAAAUGGUUACUACAUUGUUCACUAUGAGGGUCAUGGAUGGGACCAACUCAUCACACAGCUGAAUCAGAACCACACACUUCUCAGACCUAAGGACAGAAUAGGUCUGAUUCAUGAUGUGUUUCAGCUAGUUGGUGCAGGGAGACUGACCCUAGACAAAGCUCUUGACAUGACUCACUACCUCCAACAUGAAACAAGCAGCCCCGCACUUCUCAAAGGUCUGAGUUACUUGGAAUUGUUUUACCACAUGAUGGACAGAAGGAAUAUUUCAGAUAUCUCUGAAAACCUCAAGCGUUACCUUCUUCAGUAUUUUAAGCCAGUGAUUGACAGGCAAAGCUGGAGUGACGAGGGCUCAGUCUGGGACAGGAUGCUCCGCUCGGCUCUCUUGAAGCUGGCCUGUGACCUGAACCAUGCUCCUUGUAUCCAGAAAGCUGCUGAACUCUUCUCUCAGUGGAUGGAAUCCAGUGGAAAAUUAAAUAUACCAACAGAUGUUUUAAAGAUUGUGUAUUCUGUGGGUGCUCAGACGACAACAGGAUGGAAUUACCUUCUAGAGCUAUAUGAACUGUCAAUGUCAAGUGCUGAAAAAAACAAAAUUCUGUAUGCUUUGUCAACGAGCAAGCAUCAGGAAAAAUUACAGAAGUUAAUUGAACUAGGAAUGGAAGGAAAGGUUAUCAAGACACAGGACUUGGCAGCUCUCCUUCAUGCAAUUGCCAGACGUCCAAAGGGGCAGCAACUAGCGUGGGAUUUUGUAAGAGAAAAUUGGACCCAUCUUCUGAAAAAAUUUGACUUGGGCUCAUUUGCCAUAAGAAUCAUCAUCUCUGGCACAACAUCUCACUUUUCUUCCAAGGAUAAGUUGCAAGAGGUGAAACUAUUUUUUGAAUCUCUUGAGGCUCAAGGAUCACAUCUGGAUAUUUUUCAAAUUGUUCUGGAAACGAUAACCAAAAAUAUAAAAUGGCUGGAGAAGAAUCUUCCCACUCUGAGGAUGUGGCUACUGGUUAAUACUUAAAUGGUCAAUAGAAAAAGUAGGCCGGGCGCGGUGGCUCACGCCUGUAAUCCCAGCACUUUGGAAGACCCAGGCGGGCGGAUCACGCCGUCAGGAGAUCGAGACCAUCCUGGCUAAUAUGAUGAAACCCCAUCUCUACUAAAAACACAAAAAAUUAGCCGGGCGUCGUGGCGGGCGCCUGUAGUCCCAGCUACUUGGGAGGCUGAGGCAGAAGAAUGCCGUGAACCCAGGAGGCGGAGUUUGCAAUGAGUGGAGAUUGCCUCACUGCACUCCAGCCUGGGCGACUGAGCGAGACUCUGUCUCAAAAAAAAAAAAAAAAAAA